UGGGAGCUGCUGCAGUAAGUGUUGUGAUUGGUCAGUUUAUCUGUAUGGCAAAGUAGGGCAAAGGUCGCGCCUGUAAACCUUGGCCGAAGAGUUAGAGGCGGCUGUCACCGCUGGUGUCCCGGGCUACUCUGCAGUCAUCAUGUCCGAGAAGAAGCAGCAAGCGAUCAGCCCCCUGAAGAACUUCUUCGCCGGUGGCUUCGGGGGAGUGUGUCUGGUAUUUGCUGGCCAUCCGCUGGACACUAUAAAGGUUCGGAUUCAAACACAAACAAAGCCAGGCCCGGGGCAGAUUCCCUUUUAUUCAGGAACCUUCGACUGCUUUAAGAAGACAUUAGUACAUGAGGGCAUCAAAGGUCUUUACAAGGGGAUGGCAGCUCCCAUCAUUGGGGUAACCCCAAUGUUUGCAGUUUGCUUCUUUGGCUUUGGUCUUGGGAAGAAACUUCAGCAGAAACAUCCGGAAGAUGUUCUCACGUAUCCCCAGCUGUUUGCAGCAGGUAUGUUAUCUGGGGUCUUUACUACGGCGAUCAUGGCACCUGGUGAGAGAAUAAAGUGUUUGUUACAGAUCCAGGCAGCCACUGGAGGAGUGAAAUAUGCUGGCCCCAUGGACUGCGCCAAGCAAAUCUAUAGUGAAGCUGGGAUUAGAGGAAUAUACAAAGGAACGGUGCUGACUCUCAUGAGAGAUGUGCCUGCCAGUGGAAUGUACUUUAUGACCUAUGAAUGGCUGAAGACCAUCCUCACACCAGAGGGUCACAGUGUAAGCGAGCUGAGUGUUCCUCGAAUUCUUUUCGCUGGAGGAAUGGCUGGAAUCUUUAACUGGGCUGUCGCAAUUCCCCCAGACGUGCUAAAAUCUCGUUUCCAGACAGCUCCUGCAGGAAAAUAUCCCAAUGGGUUCCGGGAUGUGUUGCGUGAAUUGAUCCGUGAGGAGGGAAUCAGAUCAUUAUAUAAAGGCUUCACCCCAGUCAUGCUCCGGGCCUUCCCAGCCAAUGCUGCAUGUUUCCUUGGAUUUGAAGUCGCCAUGAAGUUCCUAAACUGGAUUGCUCCAAACUUGUGAAAGUUCCAAAAACCUUCAUAGGAAAAACAGCUGACUUCUAGGCAUCUCUAGUUGCUGCCACCUUCGGGUAGAAAUGAACUGUUCUUGGAGUAACAACUUGCCUUAACUCCCACAAUAACUGGCACCUGCCAGGUACCGAAGCGGAAAAACUUGAAACACAGAUAUUUAGAAUCCUCCAAGUAAUUGUAACAAGCUGCUCUGAUUUUUAUGGACUGCGAUGAAUUAGAUCUUCAUUUACAGGCAAUUUAUUUUUAUCUAGUAGAUCAAUAAGGCAAUGAUCUGGCGCUGCUGACCUCUGUCUUAAUCUCUACUAGUGUUGGCGCCACAGGACAUGGAACACAGUAUAUCUCUUUCCUUAUCGUAGAUUGUAUUGCAGGGUCCAGCAAUCUGCAGCUGCCAAACCAUAAGCCAUAGAAAGAGAAGACUUGUACCUGUCCUGGCACCUGGCCUUAACCCACUGUUCAGCAACACCCUGUGCCCAGUGCUGCUCUCCUUCCCCAUAUGUGGGCACAUUCUUUCCUUGCAUCAAUACUGUGGGUAACCUGAGCAGCGCGACCUCUAAACGUAUACAGCUGCACGUAUUAAAUAUCUGACACAUGGGCCAGAGGAUUGCACAGUGUUUCCUGUACAUAUCAACUUGGCUCCUCGUAGCCUAUGAAUUGUUUGCCGAUCCUGACGCUGGAUCCCUGCACUUGGGGGAAGGGGAAGAGAUUUUAUUUUCUACAGACAUUUCUAUCAGCAGUAAAUCUUUGCCUUAUCAGAUAUUUGUAAUGUGUUCCUUCCAUGUUGAUGGAUGAUGAUCAUUAAAAUGAGUGAUUAUAGGUGGAGCAAUAUGGUUACCAGUAGGCGGUGGAGGCGGCCAUUACAAUGUAUGUGGAUGAAGUCAUCAGGCUGUGCUUUUAUGCAAGGACUGAUUUAUAAUUAUUAUAACAUUUUUUUUUUUUUUUUUGCAAAGUUCUCAAACUUUUCAACUUUGUCAUGCAACAUUUUUUUUUUCCCUGUAUAAAAACAUGAAAAGUCAGAUAAGAAUUAAUUGAAAUGAAUAAGGGUACAACUGUGUUGCAUUGUGCCAUAGCUGUGCAGUCCCAAAUCUUAAAGGGGUUUUCUGGAAAAAUUAAAAAUAAGCUCUCCAGUAUGAUUCCCCCAUUGCUGUCACCUGACUGUGCCUGGUCCAUGCUUAUCAGCAUUUCUUGGUUAUGUCUCAACACAAGGAAAUGCCAGCUCAGCCUGUAACUUAAUUCAUGGGCAUUUCCUGCAUAUUGAGACCUAACAAGGAAGCGUUGAUCAGCAGGGACGUUAUGUAGGGACAUCAGCAUUAUGUUGGGAUAUUAUGUAGGAUUCAGUAGUAACAUCAGCCCCCUUCCCAAACCGGGCCCCCCCCACCCCCAGGUCCCGUGAUCUUCUGUACAGGGCCCUGGCCCCCUCCAUUCCAGCAUCCCCUUCUCUCCCAUAGACCUGAAUGGAGGGGGUGUGUCUGACCUCUUAGUGAGGUCAACGACACAAACAUUAGCCGUGCAGAACUGCAGCAGUUCCGGAGCCCUGUAUGGGACAUUGCGGGGGGUUCCCGGCAGUCGGACCCCUGCAAUCAGACACUUAUCCCUUAGCUUGCGGAUAGGGCAUAAGUGUUCUAUGGCUGCAGUACUCCUUUAAGAUUGUCGACUGGUCCUCCCAAAAUUGGCAGACACAUGUCUAAAAUGAAGGGACAGCCUAACAAAAGAUUAUUCCCCUCUGCCCCAAGCCUGGCAUGAGGACAGGACAGAAUAGAGAUUUGUGUUACAGAUGUAUUUAGCUCACAGAACAUUUUAUAGGAUAGAUACCCUCUGCUUUGUUAAUGCAGCAGCAUUACUGGGGUUAAUAUUGUAGUCUAAUUAAUGAAUGGUGCAGAUCUGCUAUCUAAGGAUGCUUUCACGUGCCAUUUUGCAGUUUUUGUAGCCAAAACAAGGGGUGAAUUAAAAAAGAUCACCCUUUAAGGCUUUUACAUGCUUUAUUAAUUUCAUUUAUUUAGGAUAUGAAUUUCCCGUUCAGAAUGUCAUAUUGGAGCAUAAUUAAUAUGUGAGGAACUUGCUGAGAAGCAGAUCGCCCCUUGCUGGUGAGAAAGGAUCUGCGUAGGGUGACAGUGCAGUGAGUAAUGCACAGUUCUGUAGGUGUGAGUGGGCGGCAAGGAAAGGUAUUU